AUGAGUCAUUCAAGCACAUCAAGCACGUGCCACCAAGACAACAAAGAAAAGAACGCAAAACUGAAACGGGAGUCUACAGAUUCCCAAUACUUUUACAUUUACUCUUGUCUUAGUUAUUUGGCAAUGAAAAAGAAGUAUUCAUUUAUUAUCCUCAACAAAAAGAGAACAAACCAAAAGAUUGCUGCACACUUUGAAAUUGCAAACAUUUUCGAUGAGCAUGGCAAAAUAGUUUACGACUCCAACGAAAGAUAUUAUGUUGAAAACUCAAACAUUGUUUUUGACUCGAAGGGAUUUCCAAUAAAGAAAAGUUCAUUAAUUAAUACAUCAGAGUGUGUCACUAUAUCAGAAAGCAAAAGAAUUGAGAAGAUGAACAACACCGACAAAUUGUUGUAUUUAAUGAACUUCAUGAAUUACAAAAUUAAGACAUUUUUCCCAUCAAAAAAUCAGAGUGAAAGACGAACACGAACAGCAAAGGAUCCAAAUAAGCUGUCAAGUGUUAGACUGUUACUUAUACCAUCGUAUAACAUUGAGAAGUCUGAUUUUGAAUUGAAAAUGAGAUGUGAAACUGAAGCAGAUGACGGAGAAUGUGGUCUUCACUUCUUUUCAAAAAGUUUUAAUGCAAUGAAAUUCAAAAGCAAAACUCGGAAAAGCGACACGGCAAUAUUUCUUGGUGACAUCCCUCUGAAAUACAACAAGCAAUACUCUAACAUUAAACGUGUGACACUUGAAGACUAUGAAAAGGAAAUCAUUAGCUACAAAAUGAACAAAGGUGUAACGACAACAAUAACUGAGUCAACUGUAGACAAUGUGGUAAACAAUGAAGAUAAGUCAAUGGUCUGCGAUGAUGAAGAUGAAGACAAAGUCAAAGAAAAAGAAGAAGAAAUAGAUGAAAAUAUUAGCGUCGAAAUUAAACAAGAAAUUACAAGCCAAAUAAACUCUUCUCCUUCACUACAAAGCACUUCCACUACCAUCACAAAUGGAAUUGCAACACUGCCAGUAUACUAUGUCCCAGUCGCUAUUUCAUAUGUGAACAACACGCCUUAUGCAAUUCCUCUGUUUGACAUGAAUUAUUUCAACACCAUUCAACCGUGUUAUUUCAAUAUGAAUCAACUCAGUCCAAACGAUGUUGGUGAAUAUUCAACUGAUGCGUUUAACAACACUCAAAAUGUUGCUGAAGUGGAAAAUUAA